AUGCGCCCCUAUUCGCUCGGCCGCAAGCAAAAGCCAGCCAAGCCCACCACCGCAUCGCUCGCCGGCGACAGCGCCAGCGACGGCGGCAGCAGAUCCGGCACCAGCGCCUCGCCGGCGAGCGUCCGAUCCGAGUCGUCGAAGCUCGGAGCAGCAGAUCCGCUCGGGGCUGCCCGGAGGCUGGCGAGGCGCACCUUCUCCUUCUCCACGAGACGGAGCGUGCAGGCCAAGCAGCCGGCCGUCCUCGGCGCUGACGACGCGCCGCCCGCGCCGUACGACUCGCUGCAGCCCGUCGGCGGCGGCGAGACGGCCGCCCUCGCACGGCUGCAGCGGUGGCAGCCGCCGUCGCGCUGUUCGGCCGCGUCUCCGGCGGCGCUCGCGGGCGCGGGCCUCCGGGACGCCGACGACGCGGCGCUCGCGCGCCGCCUGCAGGCCGAGGAGGAGGAGCGCCUCGCCGCAGCGAUGGCGGCGCCGCCAAAGCCGAUGGGCCAUCGCGAGAGCCGGAAGUCGCUGGUCAACAUCCGGAGGACCGCGUCGUGGCAGCGCGGGCACCGGCAGGCGAGGCGCGCCGCGUCCAAGCCCGCCUCCUCCUUCUGGGAGGGCGCCCUCUAUGCCGCCGCCGCCGCUCUACUCGACGGGCGGCGAGGCGGCGGCGCGCUGCCGGCGGCGACCCGAGCCGCCCUCGCCCGCGUGAGCAAGGCGACGGUCGAGGCGGCCGCGGCGGACGCGGCCUUUGCGGCGCGCCCGUCGCCGGAUCUCGCCAUCUUUGGCGUCUUUGACGGCCACGGCCGCCGGUUCGGCAAGCUCGCGGGAGAGGUUGCCAGCCGGGUGGUUCGCUCGCGCCUCUGCGCUCUCCACCGCUGGGUGGAGCUCUGCCCCGACGCGGCGCUGCAGUGGGUGUUUACGCACGCGCACGAGGAGAUCCGCACCGCCAUGCUGGCCGCAGCGCCGGAUCUGCUGCAUCUGCAGCGAGGCGCGCGCCGCCACCGCGCCGACUUCCUCGUCGAGUGGAUGACGGACGAGGACGGGGGGGACGCGCGCUGGGACGCGGUCGACGGAGGCACCACCGCCACCGUCGCGCUGCUGCUGCGCGGCACCCUCCUCAAACUCGCCUUCGCCGGCGACUCCUCCGCCGUCGUCCUCGGCCGCGCCGCGCCCCCCCAGCCGGCGCGGCAAGGGAGGGCGAAGCCUGCGCCGCCGUCCGCGCACGGCCCUGCAGGCGGCACCCCGGGCAUCAGCGUGCCCGCCGGCUACUCUCGGUCCGGCCUGGCGCUGCCCGCGCCAGCGGAGCCUCUCCCCUCCCCGUCGUCGUCCGACCUCUCCCUUAUCUCGCUCGCGACGCCCGAGAGCCGCAGCGGCGAGCCGCUCUCGCCGCCGCCCUCGCCCCCCUCGCGCUCGCCGCCGCCGCCCUCGCCCUCGAAGGCACGCCAGUUUUUCAUGAAUGCGGAGUCGGCCUCCGCGCCGUCCGCGGCGCCUGCCGCUGCCGCCUCGCGCUACGGCCACCGCACUGGCACCGUCGUCCCCUCCUCCAAGCCCGCCACCGCGCCGCCACCCGGCGGCGGAGCCGCAGCCGCCCUCGCCCGAGCGCGCGCCUAUCAGGCGCAGGCGCAAGCCCCGGCGGCCGAGCCGGCAGGCGCCGCGAGUGGGGGGGCGAGGGAGGCGGCGUCCGCGGCGCAGCAGCAGCGACAGCGGGAGGAGGAGGCCGCCGCCGCGGCGGCAGCAGCUCGGGCAGCCGCAGCGGCGGAGGCGGAGAGGGCGGAGGCGGAGAGGGCGGCGGAGGCGGAGAGGGCAACGGCCGCGGUGGCGGCGGUCGCCGCGGCGGCCGGGAAGCCAUCGCACGAGCUGUACGCCGAGGAGCAUUCGCCGACCAACCUGCAAGAGUACAUGCGGGUGCGCUCGACGGCGGGCGGCGAGGCGGUCAGUUUCGUCUACGACUGCCCCGACUACGAGGAGUUCAACAUCUUUGGGACCGACGCGAGCGGCGCGGCGUGCGCCGACGCCGCCAACUUGCGGAUGGCGGACGAGCACGGAGUGCUGGUCAAGAACCCGCGGGACGACCGUUUCACGCUGCUGCUGGUGCCCGAAGGGCGGUACGAGCUGACGCACCAGCCCGGCAGUUUUGCCGAGGCACUGACGAUGACGCGCUCGCUCGGCGACUUUUACGCGCACGAGUACGGCGUCACCGCCGCGCCAGAGGUGCGCACGAUCCCGCUGGCGCAGGUGCGGCUGUCGCACCCCGCCCUGCUGCUCGCCUCGGAUGGCGUGUGGGACAUCUGGGACUACGACGAGGUGGCGGCGCAGCUGGUGCCGGCGACCGGUUUGGGGUCGCUCGACGCGAUGCGCGAGCGCGCGGCCCGCUUCUGCGAGGCGACGCGCGCCACCGGCUUCAAGUACUUUGGGGAGCGGGCCGACAACUUGACGGGCGUCCUCGUCAACUUGAGCGAGGUGUGUGGACGCUGA